GAACUGUACUGAGGUUGUCGAAUUAAGGUUCCUGUGAAAAGACUUUUGUGUACUUCUUGUUCCACGAACUACGUCCCUCGGGAAGAUCAACUAUUGAUUGCUGAAGUUCAGCAAAUCAAUUCAACCCAUUUACCAUAUGUUCAAAUCAUUCAUUCUCGCCUUUCAUUAACUGUUUGCAAAGCUUCAACCUUAUUAUUAAACGACCAUGUCCCGAGCAUGCGAUGUCUUUUGAUGAUAUUCAUUCCACUUCAUGAUGCAAGUGCAUACAGAAAAGAAGUCAUAUACUACUACAACAACUAUGGCAUUUUCAUAUUCCUUUUCAUGGGAAUCAUGUCGCAUUGCUUCGACGUAGCGUGGAAAAUGUUUGAUUAUCCAUAGACAAUUUUCAUGACUUAUGCGUCACAUCGGUUGUGUGUGAGUCUUCUCAAACAACGUCAAGGGGGAUGAAUCGCAAAGUUCAACUCCAAGUGGCUAUUUCGAUUUUUACUAUCAACCUUUCAGUCUGCGAGUCACAGCUUCACUUGAAUAAUCACGAUAAAUUCCAAUCGAUGACGAAGAUGAUUCAGACUUGAUCAAAAAUUGUCAGUGGAGUCAUUCCUCAGCACAAUGUAGUGCAUAAAAGGGCUCAGUUUUCUUCUUACAAUAACUUCUUCUCAUACACUUUACAACAUCCUCAGGCAAGCAGUACUUUCAUACUGAGAAUACCUACCAUUACUUUUACCCAGCCCUUCGACUCCAACCAUACCUCACAAACGCUAUCAAUAUCUUCGUCUCAUCACGACUCGGAUACCUAACAUUUCCUUACACUAGUACUUUUACCCGCUCCGUCAACAUCAACCAUAACUUACAAACAUUUCCGAUAUCAUCGUCUUCGACUUCAGCCAUACCUCACAACAUUAUCAAUAUCCUCAUCUUUAACUUCAACCGUACAUCACGAACAUUAUCAACAAAUUCACCUCCAUCAUUCUUCGAAUACCGACCACUAAUUCAUAACAUUGCCCUUCCCCGAUCCUCAAUUUCAACCACACCUCACAAACAUCAUCAAAUAUCUUCACCUUCAUCACUCUUAGACCUCCGCUUGCCUCAUAUUUUCUACUCCCUGACUGACAGCUUGUAUUCACAAACAACAAAAUAAUACCAUAUAGCAACAAGCCUCAUAACCAUCACUUACUUUCAUCAUGUCUCAUCGCGACAACAAAUCCUCCUCCACUAUCUUCACCGACAACACGUCUUCGUCCGCUACUUCCACCAAUGACAAACUCCCCUCCACUGCUUACGCCGACACCAAGAUCCCUUCCACUCAACCUGACUCUAUCAGUCCCCCAGCCCCUGCGGGACAGUGGUUCGUCCAGGAACCAGGUCAAAAAUGGUCCGACAGAUGGGCCUCCGCUACCAGCGAAGAGAGAUAUAAGUAUGCAGUUGAGCGGGCUGGUGGUGGUGGACAUGGUAUGGAUAUCAUGUAUGUCACUUGUGCUAAGAAUGUAGAAGCUCCAAAGCAUUGGGUACAUGAUGAUACUGUGUGAGAGGUUAGCGAAAUAAGAGAGUGGAAACGAGAGGAGUAUGAGGCCGAGGAAUGGAGAAAAUACAUUGCUAGCUAUUUUUGAAACAUAGAUUUUGAUAUUUAGUUCAAUGUCUGUCUAUCC